AUGCAUUACCGUGCCCCAUUGUUCGGGUUCAUUCUUUGCUGUCUGCUAACCAAAGAAGCUUUAUCAGGACAAAAAGAUCAUGAUAAAAUAAGUUUCUUACCUGGUGUAUGGCCAAUGCCAACUUUCAAACAAUAUUCUGGCUACCUUAAUGGCUUUACGAACAAUAUUCGAUUACACUACUGGUUGGUUGAAGCAACUGAAAAUGCUGAAUCGUCUCCCCUCAUACUAUGGUUAAAUGGAGGGCCAGGAUGCUCGUCAAUGGAAGGGUUCCUUAGCGAAAACGGGCCUUAUAAUAUGAUAGAAGGAACAAAUUUGGUAAAAAAUCCAUAUUCAUGGAACAGAUUAGCCAAUGUUUUGUAUCUAGAAGCACCAGCUGGCGUUGGAUUCUCAUAUGCUGUUGACGGUAAUAUAACUACAGAUGAUGAUUUCACAGCGUUGAACAAUUAUCAUGCAUUAUUACAUUUUCUUGAAAGAUUCCCAGAGUAUGAAAACAGAGAUUUUUAUAUAACCGGUGAAAGUUAUGCUGGUGUAUAUGUUCCUACUUUAGCUUUACAUCUGAUUAACUCAACAAAACUUCAUUUAAAGGGUAUCGCUGUUGGCAAUGCCUUAACUAAUUAUAGACUCAAUGAUAACUCCAUGUUAUAUUUUGCUAAAUAUCAUGGAUUAGUUGGCGAAAAAGUAUGGAAUGAUUUACUUGCUCAUUGUUGUCAUAGUCCAUACUACAGUCAAUGUAUGUUCACUGAUAAUCCUUCAGAUAAAUGUCAACGUUUAAUCAAUUAUAUAUCAGAUAAUGUAACCAUUGGAUUGAAUGAAUACAAUAUAUAUGAUUAUUGUGGUGAUGUUAGUAGUAUAAUGAAUCAAAACGUUGAAAAUUUAUAUUCAUUAUCAAAUAUUCAUUCUAUGUUUCAACAUAGUGAUUUUGGUUAUCUCUUUGAAAAUAAUACAUAUAUUCAAAAGAAGCGUGAAUUACUUUCUCAAAUUCGACAGAAAAUUCGAGUAAAACUAGUCCUUCCAUAUAUACCACAUAGUUGGCAGGUAUGCAGUGAUGAAGUCAGCUCUUUGUAUAUACGCAAUUAUCGAGAUUUAUCUCAUCAAUAUAAGAAAAUUUUGGAAUCAAAGGUUCCAAUACUGCUCUAUAAUGGUGAUGUUGAUAUGGUGUGCAACUUUAUCGGAGAUGAAUGGUUUGUAGACAAUUUGAAGUUAAAACUUCAUGAUUAUCGACAACAUUGGAUAUACACAUCUGAAGAUGGUACAAAACAAAUUGGAGGAUAUUGGAAAUCAUUUUCGAAGAAUAAUGUGAAAUUUAUCUAUUCAACUGUUCGAGGAGCUGGCCAUAUGGUUCCAAUACUGCUCUAUAAUGGUGAUGUUGAUAUGGUGUGCAACUUUAUCGGAGAUGAAUGGUUUGUAGACAAUUUGAAGUUAAAACUUCAUGAUUAUCGACAACAUUGGAUAUACACAUCUGAAGAUGGUACAAAACAAAUUGGAGGAUAUUGGAAAUCAUUUUCGAAGAAUAAUGUGAAAUUUAUCUAUUCAACUGUUCGAGGAGCUGGCCAUAUGGUACCUAGAGAUAGGCCAGUUGCUAUGUUCCAUUUAAUUCAGUCUUUUCUAGAGAAAAAAAGUCUAUAA